CACUAUUUGUGUUCCACUGCACUGCAACUUUAAAACAAAACUGUGGAAGCUACUCCGUAUCAUUUAAAACAAUGAGUUCGGUAACGUUAUCAGGUUCGCCUUCUUCCGCCGUCCCACGGAUGAUAUUCCGCCGUCUGCUCCGACCAAACGCCCCUCCUUUCUUCUGCUUUUCUAUCCGUCCGAAACAUCUUCUCCUAACCCCUUCUCUAGCGCGGCCACUUAUCUUCCCAUCCGUGAGCCCCCAUUUAUCCUCUACAAAUUAUCGCCAUUUCUCCCCAAACCCAAAACUUCAAGCCCUUCUACAGUUCGAAAAUUCCGUUGAAGAAAUAGAGGAAGAAAUCGAUUCUGAUGGGACUGAGGAAGCUCAAGAACCAGAAGCAGUACCUGUCACCACCGAAUCUCCCGGAAAUCUGAGGCUGCAUACGAAGCUACAGGGACUCACCGUGAAGGAGAAGAAAGAGUUAGGUUCUUAUGCACACAGCCUGGGGAAGAAGCUCAAGUCUCAACAGGUCGGAAAGUCUGGAGUCACUGCUACUGUUGUCACUGCCUUGGUUGAAACCCUUGAGAAAAAUGAACUUUUGAAGCUUAAAAUACAUGGAAGUUGCCCUGGAGAGCUGGAGGACAUAAUUAAGCAGUUGGAAGAAGACACUGGGUCUGUAGUGGUGGGCCAAAUUGCCAGGACUGUGAUUCUUUAUAGACCAAGCCUUUCUAAACUGGAAGCUGAAGAGAAGAAAAGGCGAGCUCAAAGAGCUUCUUCCAUAACGAGAAAGAAGCUGAUGAAACCCACUGAGGUCCGUCUGCGUUAACCUCACACUAGGGAAAGGGAUUGGCAGCUAGACCAUCAAAUCGUGGCCGUAGGGGGAGUAGCAGAUUUUCCUGAUGUGAAUGCUGAUACCCAUAUCGAUCCUCAUACGUAAGAAAUAGGUAAUAUCUGUAAAUCUGUGAUGGGCGUGAUGGCAAGUAGUAGCCUUUGAAAUUUAACAUUUCUAUUAAGUAAGAUGAGAUGGUUGAGGUCCCAGUUGAAGCCAAAGGAGAACUACCGCAGCAGAUUGUAGCCUCUAAAUACCAGGACCAGGCAUCAGAGUUCUUUGGAGAAUGAGAUAUAAUUUUGGACCUUUUUUUUUAUAUUCAGGAUGUGGUAUUCUACUAGUUAUAUUUUCAGCUGCCGUGAGCUUUUUUAUAUGAGCAAGGAAUCAUUUUACUUUUUUAAAUGUAAAUGGCUUAUAUAAGAAUCGUUGAAAUCAUCUUUAGUCUUUACAAUAUCCUCAACAUACCCAGCAAACCUAUUGAUUCCCUAAAUAGAACUUUUAUUCCAUAUAUGCACUUCCUAAUAUAAAUAAUUAUCUCUAGUUCCUUUGCAUAACUAAAGGCAGUCUGUUAUCGGUGGUAUUAGUCCGGUGGUGGUGGGCAGUCCAGUGGCGAUCUAAAUCUGCAACAGCGACGGUUGGAUUUGCAGCGAAAGCCAGAUUUCCGCUGCGGCCUGCGAAAGGUGACGGUUCGCCGUUCUGUCAGCAGUAAUAGUUGUGGCCAAGCUUUUGUCCAACUACAUACUUCUUCUGUUUUUAAAUAAUUGCAACAUUUUGAAUUUUAAACUAUUUUCAUGUUCCACUUUGAUUAUGUUUUAUGAGUGCUUUUCCUAUCCGGUCAGGCCGGACAGGACCUUGGUCCGGCCACCUCAAUUUGAGAUGGUUCCUGGUGGUAUUUUUGGCUGAAAUUUUUUGUGUAUGUUCCGUAUCAAGUCUAUUUCAUCCAUAUCAAAUUUGAGCAAAAAAUUCAAUUUGG